AUGAUAUGGCUCAACGUUAUGCAAAGAUCUGACUUUGAUCAACAAAAUGUGACCAAUGAUUCAGCUCCAACUUCAAGUUCUUCUUUUCGAUCUUCUUCCGGAUCCUCUUUUGGUUCUAUUAGGAUAGGAGCAAUUGGAAAAGAUACAAUAAAGGGUUUUUACCAAGUUGAUAAUAUAAAAAGCAAAAACUUAGAAAAGAUAGGUGCUUGGAUGGAUAUCAUAUAUACCACUGAGUGA